CAAAGAAACAAGAGCAUCAGAGGAAACAACAACUUGAAGUGAUCCUGUGACAGCGUGGGAGAGCAGUAUAUCCUGCGAUAUGCAGCAGGGGUGAGAGCGAGCUUUAAGGAACAAGAAAACGACAAAAUGCAGUAACGAUAAAUAGCAAAAUCAGCAGCGGCAAAAUCAGCAGCAGCAGCAGCAGCAGCAGCAGCAGCGGCAGCAGUAGCGGCAGCAGCAACAGCAGCGCGGACUGGCAGACUCGCAUUGGUCGGUCCCUCGGACUCUCUCCUUGUUAGUUGGGCCGCCGCCUCAGUGUCGGGUGGACGUAGCCAGUCAGCUGCCAGCAUCUCCUGGUGACUCGCCUCGCUCCCUCGCUUCUAGCGCCUAUCACACGCUCCGUUCCUGUGCCGCGCUCAGGACCCCAGUGAUAUUAUGUUGACGGCGCAUACGAGGAUUACCAAGUGAAGAAAAAAAUACAUAGAGAGAUAUACAAAGAAAAAUUGAGCCUUCACUAUCUGUGUUAGAACUCGUGUAGGAGACGUGAGUGUAGGCCGCCUCGCACGGAGCAACAUGUGACGGGUUUGUGGUACCAGACGUGAUAUAGUGCCCUUCAUCGUCCCGGGGCACAGGCACCACGCCAGGACCCUCAAACUUUUUGCGAUGGCCAGGCAUACUAAGUCACUCCCUCGCCGGUCCCUGGGCUCUCCGAGACUGUGGGUCGGGGCGGCGACAGUAGUCAUGUGUCUCGUCCUGGCCGGCAGCAGCAGCGGCAGCAGCGACGGGGACCUGCGGCUGGUGGACAACGGCUACGAGGGGCUGAUGGUGGUAAUCUCUGACCAGAUUUCCGAGGACCACUGCAACCAUGUUCUCCACGGAUUACAGAGCGUCCUGCGGGAGCUGUCCAGCCAGAUGUGGUCUGCCACGGGCGGCCGAGCGUCCAUAAGAAAAGUAACGGUGGCGCUGCCGCGUGUCUGGAGGACAGACGCCCUCGGCUGCUCCCUCAAGAAUCUUCUUCCGGCCUCUGCGGCACCCGAGGAGGGCCACAUCCGUAUUACAACUUCCCAUCCAGUCUUCGGGGACAGACCCUGGACACAACAGACGCAGGGAUGCGGCCGCCAAGGGGACUUCAUCCAGAUGGGCGGGGACCUUCUGAGGGCGGCCAGCAAUGACUCCUACGCUCACUCAGCACGUCUGCUGCUCGCUGAGUGGGCCAAGUUUCGCUGGGGUGUGUUCGACGAGCGCGGCCACGCAAACGACCCGCUCUUUCCACCUACCUUCCGCGACCCCAACACUCACCAGUUCGCCGCUACUAGCUGCUCCGACGGCGUGGUGAAGGGCGAUACCUGCGACCCGUCCCAGCGGUGCACCUUCUCGCCGCAGCCCUACAGUAACAACCACCUCAGCUCCUCGCUCCUCUCCUUCCCGGAGCUCCCCACCAUCCGUCUAUUCUGUAAUGACAAGACACACAACCGCAUGGCGCCCACCAAGCACAACGCCCAGUGCGGCGGGCGCUCCGCCUGGGAAAUCAUUCAGCAGACCAGUGACUUCGUCGGCGGGAGAAAUUCAGUCAGCAAUGGUAGCCGCGGACUGGAGCCCAUCCUGAGGUUCGUGCAGCAGGCUAACCCACGCUUCGUGUUGGUUAUCGAGGACACAGCCACUAUGAAUCUGCAGCGGCGGUGGGAGUUCCUGAGGAAAGCAAUGCGCCGUGUGGUAGUGUACGACGUCCCAGACGGGGCACACAUCGGCGUGGUCACCUUCCGCUCCGUGGCCAGCACCGUGGCGCCGCUCACUUACAUCGAGAGUGAAGACUCUGAUAUGAGGCAGAGGGUGGGAUCUUCCCUUCCUCGCAACCCAUCCACGGUUCCUGAGAGCCAGAAAUGCCUCCUGUGCGGCCUGCAGGAGGCAGUGCGUGUGUUGGAUGAAGACAACAAGGGUGCUGACGGCGCCACGAUCAUCCUCGUCACUACGGGAUCAGGCCCUGCACCACGCCGUGAAGUAGACGAGAUGAUUACUUUAUCUGCGCAGCGUAACUUAAGAAUCGAGGUCGUGCUAUAUCCUCUAACAGAGAGACGCGGCGCUGCCUCGGCUUCCCAUGGUCUAGAGCCCCUCGUAGAGGCGACGCAUGGCACGCUGCACACGGUGAUGGACGAAGGUGUUGGCAACGACUCAAAGGUGAAGAUGAUGGUAGCACUGAUGGACGCCUUGCUAGCUGCCGUGCAACGCAACGCCCCACCAUCUUCAAGUUCCACGGUGCUUGUUCACAGCGCAGACUACCCUGGCGGCAUCGCAUCGAUGUCUGACGGCUCUUUCGCCCUGGACUCUUCCCUAGGACCCGACGCUCGUUUUUCUGUUUACUACUACGACCUCAACCAUGUGGGUAAUAUUAUUCAGCUGACAGCGCCCUCAGGUCACAUGAUCGCCUCGGUCAAUGUGCAGGAAGAGGAUGGUGAUGUGAACAUGAUCUUCGUCAACUUGGAAAAAGCCGAGCGUGGCCUGUGGGCAUACAGCGUGGAGAACCGUGCUGACUCGCACCAAGGGCUGUAUGUGCAGGUCACCGCCAAGCGUAACUCCUCCUCCGGCCUUAACGUGCGCCUCUGGACCAGCUCAGGCUCGCGCACUAUCAAUUCCUCGGACCCAUCCUCACCCGUGAGGCUGUAUGCUGAGGUGAAGAUGGGCGUGGCGCCCGUCAUGAAGGCCCGUGUCGUGGCCAAGCUGCAGCGCCUCGGCACCAACACCACGGGCAGCAACUACCGACCCAUCUACCUCGACCUAUGGGACAACGGCAUUGGUGACCCGGACAUCACCCGUGGCGAUGGAAUUUAUUCCCGCUACUUGCCACCGCUACAAGGGAACCCAGGUCGCUACUUGCUGACAGCCGACGUGGACUACAACAGCGGACUGGCAGUGGUGGCUAAGGGACCGCCGACCCGUCAUCACAAGGUUCCCGCUUCACACCUGCCGCACUACUACCAGCAUGGCUACGACACCUGGAGUAGCGACCAAACGUGUUGUGGGUACAGCUUAUCUCACGUCCACACUCGCCGCGCAGCGCCUUUCCUGCGGCACGUGACGUGGGGAGUGCUGGAGGUGGUGUCUCCCUCACCCUCUCGCGACGUGACGCCGCCCUCCCGCAUUCUCGAUCUGCGGGUUGAGGUCAACGACACAGUGCACGAGAUUACGCUGCGCUGGACCGCUCCUGGAGACGAUUGGGAUGUGGACCGUGCUCACCACUAUGAGGCGGUGGUAGCUCCCCUGUGGCGCGAGGCGAGAGCUUUCCAAGGGGACCACCUGACAGGCUUGCCCAAACCACUGCCCGCAGGCGCCCUGCACACCACUAACCUGCACUUCGUCAGAUAUGAGGAGCUCUGGUACAUCAGUCUGCGGGCGGUGGAUGAGGCAGGAAACGUGGGCGGUGUUGGGAACAUCGCAGCCCUUUGGGUACCACGCCCUCCGACCACCUACGAGAUCACUACCAGGACCCAGCCGGCUCUCACCACCUCAGGCAACUACACCAUGCCCUCAGAGCUCGGAUCUGGCAGGCCGGUGGGCAUGGCGGACCUGCAGCUGGAGGAUGUGGCAGUCAUUCUGGGGAGCAUUGGGGGCUUCCUGAUAGUCGUGGCGGUACUCGCCUCCUACUGUUACUGCCAUACCACGAGGAGGAGGAAGCAGCAGCGUGAAAAAGAUGCCGAAAAAGUGCAGGGGAAUGGCAGCAGCGGCGGCAACGUGCUGGUGAAAUCCGGGUCCCUGUGUGGAGAUGAGCGCGGUGGCGGCAGCCACGAGUCCCUGGACAGUGUGGUGAAGGAGGCGCCCGAGACGGCCAGGGACGGCCGCCCGCUCUCUCCCGUCCAGUCAUGGGGAGCCACCACCCUCCUACAGGAACAUGAGCGUCGACUGUCCAUCCACAGCGGGGCCCCGGAUGAGAAUCAAGUAACUUACCAGGUGGACGGCGCUCCUCUCCAUGCCCCCUUUCCUGACGUGACGGUGACAGACUACCGCCCGGUGCCCACAGGUAGCGAGCCCCCAGUCUACCUGCCGUGCCCUCACGAAGAAAAUCCCUGCCCCUGCACUGCUCCAGGCCCGGAUUACACCAGCUAUGCCGCCGCCUGGGACGACCCGCUCACCGGCCACCUGCUGGCCCGCGCCCGGCCUGCUGCCCCUGCCGGGCCCACCGGUCCCGCUGCCGCUGGUCCCAUGCAGGCGAUGCCGCAGCAGGCGGACCGCAAGCGCCGGAACGUGACCCAGGUGUAAUUGUCCUCGGGCGGCGAGCAGUGCCAAGAGGCUGAGGCGUGUGGUGCUCCCUGCUCAAUUCCUCCAUACUGUACACUGAGGGGCACGUCCGCUGUGCGCCCUUUCUGUGCUGGUGCGUCGUCGGCCUCACACUCACUGUUUUGAAAAUAGCACGCAAGACUCUCUUCCUCAAGUGAACCUAACGACUGUGUUGAACGCUGUGUGGUGAGGCCGCGCGUGCCGCCGCGACUUCGGCCUCCAGUGGCGCAAAGGCCACGCGGGCAGUCUUGCUAGGACCUCUGGAGGAUGAGUCCGAUCAAUCAGACUUUUUUCUUGCCACAGCCCGGUGAGUGACCUUGGCUCGGCGAGAUGCGUGCGAGUAGGCCCGCUCCGUGGCUCCUGGGAUGGAGAUUCGAGUCUCCCGAGCACCGUGAUCUCACCUGCAUUAUCCUGUAACCAUUACUUCAGCUUUCCGACUGAAUGGCGAGUGAAUGAAACCAUUUAAUUUCGAGUGAAGUGUAAAGAGAACGAAUGCGAGGGACCAAACUAUAAACCGUAUUCCGCUAUGUUUCAACAACUUUACAUAUUAUCUUUUUAAUGAUCGUCUUUUGUUUGACAGAACGCAUAUCAUAGCUCAUGUAUCAUAAACUAGCAACACUCCAAAACUAAUGUAGAGGUUUAAUGUUUAAUGUGAUAAUUGUAAAUAACUUGGUGUGACAAGCCUCUCUAUUAUUCUUUAUCUUUCAAUUCAUCUCAUUUACUUCUCCUUAUCUACCUACUCACAAACAACUAUAACACAAAAAAAUAAUGAUAUUAAAAAAUCAAUCUUUACUUCAUUCUUUUUCUCAUCAUCUUCAUUCCAUUUUCUGCAACUUUGACUUUCAUUUUUCCUUAUCUUCUUUCAUAAUUUAUCAUCUUAUUUUCGAGGUCUAACGUCCACGUCCACCACGGCGGUCACUAAAGGAGAAAAACAGGCCUCCUCUCACUCCUUCAUGCCAUUCUCCUGUAUUAUCUCCUUUCUCCCUCACUUUUCUCUUUUAGUCUGUUUUUGCCUCCCUGCUCAAUUCCUUUCAUUUGUUUUAAAAUUUUGUUUCCAGUAUUUCUCCUUGCCUCUCCCCCUCACUCUCCAUUUAAUCUUUUUCGUAUCUAUCUUUGCACUUACCAACGCUAUUGCUUUUACCUGGAUUAUUUAUUUCUUACUGCACGUGAUUCGUCUCUUCACUGGAUCUUUACGUUUCACCCUCUUUUCAUUUACUAUAUUCUCUGUAUUCUUACCCUCUCUUUGUAUUAUCUUUUAUCACUACGUCCUUCUUCUUCAGAUUACUGCAAGUCUGACUUUCUUUUUACCACAGAGAACUUUAUCCACCUCGACUCACACCUCUACAAACCUCUACGUCAAGGCAGUUACAGGGUGUUUAUUGCAGCUUUUCAAUGUUGUGGAAGCUUCAUCUUAUUCCAGCAGCGAACAGGUACUAAAAUAAUAACUACUAUACAUAUAAAACGUGUAACAACAAUGAAAGUGAGGGAUUUAUACAGUGAGAAAAUGUCAAGUCCCCUCUUCCCCUCCCUACACACACCUGUGGAUUUAGUGCAUAGGCUUAGCUAGGAUUACUUAGUGUCCUGUUAAUCCCGUGGAGAUUAACAAAAAAAAAGGCUGUAUUUUAAAUCGCUGGGUGUGAGUCUCCUUGUCUCACUGAAUUGGUGGAUUUGUAAUGAUUUCUUAUGCACAUUUUUUUUUAUUCAUUUAUUUUAUUACUUGAUUUUGAAAGAAGUGACCCAUCGAUCCAGCCUCAUGUCUUAUUAUUAUUAUUAUUAUUAUUAUUAUUAUUAUUAUUAUUAUUAUUAUUAUUAUUAUUAUCGUUAUUAUUGUUAUUAUUAUCAUUAUUAUCAUCAUUAUUAUUGAUCAUAUUUUUAUUCAAGGCCUCCUAUAUGCUUGCUAUUUUUUCCCUUUUUUUCAUAUAUAUACACUAUAUUUUAAACCUCUCCGGAGACAUUCUGUUACAAGUAUAAGCACAAUUUUGCAGACAGUAACGUUGUUGCUUUUAUCAAGACAAAUAAUUUCAGUAUUCUUUAGAUAUAUAAGAGACAAUUCCUGCACCUCCCCUCCCCACCACCACACUAACCUCCUACAACACUCCCUAACCCGUGACCUUUUGACCCCUUACCCUCUAACCCACCACACCCCAUCUGUAGUGUUAAUGUGUGAUAUAAAAAAAUGUUUGUUUCAGCGUUCGAUGUGAUUUUUCAGUGUGAUUGAGAAUUGUGCCGCGGUCUUGUGUUCCGACGGGGGCAUUAUAAUAUUUUCUUACUGUGAAACUUAAGGAACCAGAAAUGUGUCAUAUACCAUAGACGUUGUACUGUGUUUUGCACUAGUCAUUAAAGAUUGCCAAGUGAGUGUACAUGAAA